UUCGCGAGCAGCAGCAGCAGCAGCAGUAGCGACUGAUAUACUACUGUAUAUAUAUAAGUUAUCGCGAACAAGCCCGCACUCGUGUGUUAUAUUUAUGUGCAUGUGUUGUAUACGUGCGUGCGCGUGUUUAUUAUAAAAAAAAAACGUGACGAAAGCGGAAGAAGCAGAAGCAGCAGGCAGCUAUAACGUAUUAACGCGUUACGAUUAUCGUGCGGCGAUAACAAAAAUUUUAUACACUCGUUACUCCAUUCGUAAAGAUAUAUGUAGUAUAUAGUGCGCUGCAAGUCGCUGCAGCACGAGAGCACACCCAUUCUACAUAUAUAUACAGUAUAUAAUACCAAAGUGUAAAAUUUUAAAGUUCUGCAUAUAUUAUACACCGAUCCGCGCAAAAGUUCAUUCAACGUACAUCAAACGCGUGACAGUUGACCGCGGGAGGUGGUGGUCGUUAUCGAUAUCAAUCGGGAGGAGUUAACCCAAAAACGCAAAAAGAAGAGAAUUCGCUGCUGCGCACAAUCCGACGUUUUGUUUACAUUAGCAGUCACCGCGGAGAGCGGCCGCGAGUAAACAAUGCAGCGGCAGCAGCAGUGCAGUAGACUGUGCCCUCGGUUCCUGGCUGUGUGAGCUUCCAGUAUAAGUGGUGAUUUUUUUUUUCUUUUCGCGUAAAGUGCGCGAGUGAGGCGGCCUAUUAACCAAGAUAGUCGACUGUUUUUAUUCGACGUCCGCGCCUAUAUAGUAUAAUAUAAAUAAAUUAUGUAGCUGCUGCUCUGCCUAAUAAGGUCUACUGCUAUAAGUGUAAUUUGCAUCUAACGCCAGAGAGAGAGAGACAAGACGAGACAACGAGCCAAGAAGUGUGAGCUGUGCCUGUGUGCAGCACAGAACAAUAUUAUACGUAACUAUAAUAGAGGAAACAGAAGAAUUAGCAUCAACGGCAGCAGCAACAACAUAUUUGUACAAUUUUGCCGACCUGCAUUAAAUGUACUAUAUAGCACAACAUUAAGUAUAUUCUUUCUCUCUCUAUUUCUCCUCUCUCUCUGCCUCGCUAUAUAUUCGGAGUAGCGCGCGAGGCAGCAGCUCGUUGUAAUAAGGACAACACAUACUACAGAGUCAGGCACAUAUGCCAUAUAGAUAGUAGUAGUCAGCUCUCGAGCUCUCUUUCUCUCUCCACUUCUGCUGCUGCUGCUGCGGGCCCUUAACAGUUAUUUAAUCGGGCACACGGCACGCAAACGCACGACGACGACGUUGACGAAAGCAGCAGCACGUACGGAGCAGCUAUUAAAAUACAUAAAUCGUCCGUACGUAUUGUAUAUUGUACGAACUGUACACUUUACCUACAUAUUGCGUACUACAUGUAGCGCACAAGCAGCAGCAGCGAUACGUCAACUUUUGUUUACGCACAUAUACUUGUACAAGAGAUCAGCAGCAGCAGUGUAUACAGCAGCAGCAAAAAAAAAGUUUCUCCUCUUUUCGUAUAUAUUAUAAAUAUUACCUAUACCGAUUUUGGGACGUGAUUCAAUCGUGUGUGCCCGUGCGUGCGUGUGUCAAGAAUUUCACAUACGUGUUGUUGACACGAUCAUGCGUGCGCGAAUAAAUUGAGUCGAUUUUUUUCGUGUGGUGAUAGUUUUGUUUUUUUUUUUUUGUUUUUUUUUAAAGUGUAAGAUGCCAUGGCUGCCUCGAACAACGCACAGAAUCCUUCGCACAACGCAAACGACGAGGACAACAAUGCCAAUAACGUAGAGUCCGAGUCCGAGGCGAGCAGUAUUUAUCAGUGCAGUUCUGUGAUAUCCACCGUGCCGGACAGACAUGGCUUUCUGGGAGGUACGCAGUACAGUCCUGAAAGAAAGCAAGCGAAACCACCCGAAGUCAUUCUCAGGAGAGAGAGAAAAUGGAUAAGAAUGCUGAACAAGUGGAGCACAUUUAUGAGCACAAAUUAUAGAAAGGUUCGAGAAAGAUGCAGAAAAGGCAUACCGCCGUCGGUGCGACCUAGAGCUUGGCUAAAUUUAUGCGGCGGUGCGCUGCUGCUGAAGGAGAAUCCAAAUUUGUACCAAGAGUUGAUUAAGCAGCCAGGUGAUCCCAAAUACAUUGAUGAUAUCAAAAAAGAUCUGCACAGGCAAUUUCCGCACCAUGAAAUGUUUGUGGAAAAUGCCCCCGGGCAGCAAGAGCUCUUUCAAAUUCUCAAAGCCUAUUCAAUAUUAAAUAGUAAGGUUGGCUAUUGCCAAGCGCAAGCUCCAAUUGCGGCAUUUCUUUUGAUGCACAUGCCAGCUGUUCAGGCUUUCUGGUGUCUAGUGGCAAUCUGCGAUAAAUAUCUAGUUGGAUAUUACAGCGCUGGAAUGGAAACUUUGCAGCGUGAUGGAGACAUCCUGUUUGCUUUACUAAAAAAAGUAUCUCCCACAGCUUACAAGCAAUUGAAAAAACAAAAAAUGGAGCCUAUUCUGUAUAUGACAGAAUGGUUUUUAUGUGUGUAUACAAGAACCCUUCCAUGGGAAAGUAUUUUGAGAAUUUGGGACAUGUUUUUGUGCGAAGGAGUUAAAAUAAUCUUUAAAGUAGCUUUAGUACUAAUCAAAGGAAGUAUAGGAAAAUCAUGGCAGGUGAAAAAGUGUCCUACCAUGUAUGAAACUCUGCAAGUAUUAAAAAAUCCACCUCCAGAAGUUAUGGAAGAAGAAUAUCUUGUAUAUCAUAUAUUAAAACUCAAUGUAAGCGAAGAAGACUUUGAAUACGAACAUCAGAGGCAAACCAUAAAGCGCAGGGCCAAAGACCAAGCAGCUCACAAUCAAACUGGUAGCAGUUGGACGAGUUUAUAACAAUGCGAAUAAGUUUUUGUACGACUCGAAAUCCGCGAGUUUGUGUGCCUUUCCUCAUCCAUGCAAUUCAUAUCAUAUACGGAGAUGUUAUGAUUGUUAAUUGUAAGAAAUUAUUUAAAGUGGGAUGUGCAAUUCUUCCACCUACUCAGUAUAAAUUUGUUUUCUACUUUAUAUAUAUUUAUUAUAUAUCUCUAUUUCAAGAAUUCCAUAUUUUUUACAAAAAUAUUAAUAAAGCAUUUGUGUAAGUAAUUAGAAAAAAACAAAGAAGAGAAAAAAACAAAUCAUUUCCAUCGCGCCCGCGCUCGGGCGAUUAUGUAAAAACAAGAAGCGUUGUAAAUAUUCACGGAACGAAUGAGUAAGACAAUUGUCACACUUCCCGUAAAUGUUUACGUAAAAAACUGUACAAAAUAGCUCUUUGUAAUAUCGUACUUUUUCAAAAGUAAUGCAAUUAUUAAAAAAUAAUAAUAACUUAUAAUACCUAAUUUAAUACUUAAGAAAAUACAAAAACAACUAAUCAAUGUCAAUAAAUCGAUACAUUGCUAAU